AUGGUGCCCGACCUGCUGCCGGGUGACGCUCAAACGUUCUACAGCGCGGAUUCGGUCGAAAAUGAAGACGGAUCACUGUUCUCGAUCAAGUACCUUCAGAGUCUCAACAUCGCCGGGAGGCCGUUGCACGCUGCAAGAUUCAAAGUGGAAACUUGGACCCCGCCGCGGGGCUGUGCAACGGCACAAGACUGUUGUCAACUCGGUUACACACCCACCUGCUCGAGGCCAUCAUUCUCACAGGAGAUCAUGCUGGACAGCCAGUUUUGUUGCCACGGAUCACGCUGAAGACAGGGUCAUCAGCUGAGCUUCCGUUCACUCUGCAUCUGACGCAGUUUCGAAUUCGGCUGGCAAUGGCUAUGACGUUCAGCAAGUUGCAAGAGCAGUUGGCACUUGCGCAGGUAGGAGUGUGUCUGGAGACGCCCGUCUUUUCUCACGGCCAGUUGUAUGUGGCGUUGUCCUGA